UUAAGUCCUUCUUUCCAACCCUGGUUCUGCUCCCCAUCAGACCAGGCUAUCUGCCUCUUCUCUCUCUCCGUUUUUUUAUGUCGACGAUUUUUGCCCUAGUUUCUCGAUCAAAUCUCUAGUUCUCCGUGGAAGAAGUAAGAAAUCUGAGACUUUGGGAGGAGAGAGAAAGAGAGAAGAGAGAGAAAUCUCGGAGGCUAGAAGACAUGAUGCAAUCAAGUAACGAUGCUGAUCCGCAGCAGCAGCAGAAACAGCCACCACAGCAUCACCAGCAGCAACAGUGGAUGGCGAUGCAGUAUCCAGCGGCAACGAUGGUGAUGCAGCACCAGAUGAUGCCGCCGCCAUACCCGCAACACUACAUGCCUUACCAUCACCAACAGCAACCUACGCCACAACAGCAUCAGCAGGGAUCUGCCGAUGAGAAUAAGACGAUCUGGGUUGGUGAUCUUCAUAACUGGAUGGACGAGAAUUAUCUCAACAACUGCUUCGGUCAUACUGGCGAGGUAUUCUCCAUCAAGGUUAUUCGCAAUAAGCAGACCGGUCAAUCGGAGGGCUAUGGAUUCGUGGAAUUCUUUUCACGGCCAGCAGCCGAGAAAGUUCUGCAGAACUACCAUGGCACCAUAAUGCCUAAUACGGAGCUACCCUUCCGUCUGAACUGGGCAUCUUUUAGCACUGGUGAUAGGCGUUCAGAUGCUGGGUCUGAUCGUUCUAUAUUUGUAGGAGAUUUGGCAUCAGAUGUUACUGAUACCAUGUUGCAAGAAACUUUUGCAAGUAGGUAUCCGUCGGUAAAAGGUGCCAAAGUUGUUAUUGAUGCAAAUACUGGGCGUUCGAAAGGUUAUGGCUUUGUGAGGUUUGGUGAUGAAAGUGAGAGGUCACAGGCUAUCACUGAAAUGAAUGGCGUAUAUUGUUCUAAUAGGCCCAUGCGUAUAGGUGUUGCAACACCAAGGAAGUCGUCUGCAUAUCAACAGCAAUAUUCUUCGCAAGCUUUGGUAUUGGUAGGUGGAUAUGCAUCAAAUGGUGCUUCUGCCCAGGGCGUGCAGUCUGAUAACGAUUCUACUAACACAACUAUAUUUGUUGGAGGGCUUGACCCCAGUGUCACUGAUGAGGAUUUAAGGCAGCCCUUUUCUCAGUAUGGAGAGAUUGCCUCUGUAAAAAUACCAGUUGGAAAAGGAUGUGGGUUCGUGCAGUUUGCUAACAGAAGCAAUGCUGAGGAGGCAUUAAACAGGUUGAAUGGGACGGUCAUUGGCAAGCAGACUGUUCGUUUAUCUUGGGGUCGUAAUCCAGCGAACAAGCAGUGGAGAACGGAUCCUGGUAACCAGUGGAAUGGGGCAUACUAUGGCGGGCAAAUGUAUGAUGGAUAUGGGUAUGCUGUGCCACCUCAGGACCCGACCAUGUACGCUGCUGCUGCUGCCGCUGCAUAUGGGGCUUAUCCAGUGUAUGGAAAUCAACAGCAAGUUAGCUGAAUAACAUGAUGAGCUUCAACUGUAGUCAUGGACAUACAUCACAUCAUCACACUGAUGUAUCUGCUCCUUCAUCUGUUUGUAGUUUGAUGGGUUGUGUUUGAAUCACGGGACUCUCCUGAUGUCCCAGAAUUGAAUUUUGACGACCCAAAUUUUUUGUUCUUAGGAUUCUAUUUAACAUUUAUUUAAAAUUUUGCGAGGUUGUGGCAAGUUCCUACCAUGUGGCAUUGGGAUUGCUUCACUAGUACUUAUAUUGAAAUGGAUGGUAUGGAAUCUGGAUCAGAUAUUGAGGUUGGCUGGUUUCUGGCCAUGGAUUCUUGCUGUUGUAGGAUGGCUAAAUGUAGAGCUGCGGUCGGACUGACAAAGAGUGAUUGUGGACUCACCCAUAGUAGAGCAUCUUUCCCGGCUGGCUGAGUUGCGUGGCCCUGCUUCUAAAAGUUCCCUACAACGGAGAUGGGUGAAUUGG